CAGUCGCAGUUGAAAGGGAGAGCUACCGCGGCCCAUUACUCCAAUGUACACUGCGUAAUUGCAUUUAGAUGGUCCCGUAGAUACAGUGUAUGAAUUCUAUUAGGUCUGGGGCCCCAUGCCAAAACACACGCAUACCAAAUGAAAUUGGACGCCGCCGACUAAAUUUAUCGUAUUAUAGUUAUUAUUUAUUAUCCAGCCGUCGAGGGGAUAGCGCAGUGCAACAGUGUGUUUUUCUCGGGCCGCGGAAGAGUUAUUGGAGAGAGUCACACAGCGCUCCAGGGAGACCGCUGGUCGCGUUUACUGGGGCUGCGUCAUCGAGGUAGCCAACUUUGAUUGGGCAGGGCCGGACCUCAGUGAGUGAGAGGGGGGAAAGAAAGAGAGGAGAAAAAAGCAGGCCGAAGGCGGCACUCAGAUUCUCCCACUGCAAUUUCCCACUGACAGAUGACUUGAACUCUCGUGGUCGGAUCGGAUGCUUAUUGAGCGUUUCACUCGCCACCGAUACGCACACUUCUUGACAUGACGGUGAACCGCGUGGAUGGAACCGACGAAACAUUUUUCUACCUCCACACGCCUUCCGGUAUAUCACCCUCCUUGGAGUUUUAGAGAGUCUUGAAAGUUUAAACUAAAGCAGUUUAUUUGAGACAGAAUAAAGGGGAAACUGCGGGCGCAGAAGAGAUCGUCUCCACUGAUUUCGCCAGUCGUUUUGCCUUUUUCUAAACGAAAAUGUCGAGCAGCAACAAGACUCUUACGGUGAGUAUCAACUCGGCGUUCUCGAGGCCGGAGUACAACGCCUCGCCGACAGCGGGCAGCACGCCGACCAGCCCCGAGAAAGUGCCCGCAGACCCAGGACGGGAGAACCUGUCGUUCCGCGUGGAGUCCCUUGUCGGCGUUAAGCACGAGGAUCCCGCACCGUACGCGGCCACUGAGGUGGACCGGGGCGGUGCGGGCGCAGUCAGGGACCAUAUCGAUUCGAGCUGCGUCGCCAGUAGUCCCACUCCGUCCAAGCCUGCCACGUCCCCGUGUUGUGCCUCGAGCCCCUCCUUCACAUACACCGUGGAAGGCAUCCUGGCGUCCAAACCGCCCCACGUCUCGCACAAUACCAACAACCCUCUUAAGCACCACCACCAACAACAACAACACCCCCACCACCACCACAAUCACCAUCACCCUAGACCCGGCGAUUUAUCCCCAACGAGCAAGACGUACACUUGGGGCAGUUCGAGUUUUCCGUGGAUGCAGGGAGCCCAGCUAUCGCCCAAUUCGCUCAGUGUUACCAACGACGGCCGACCGUACGGUGCGACCCCGCCGGGUGGGCCGGGCCCCAAAGUACAGUGCACGCUGCGCAAACACAAGACCAACCGGAAGCCGAGGACGCCCUUCACCACCUCACAGCUCCUGUCGCUGGAGCGCAAGUUCCGCCAGAAGCAGUACCUGUCCAUCGCCGAGCGGGCCGAGUUCUCCGCCUCCCUCAACCUCACCGAGACCCAGGUCAAGAUCUGGUUCCAGAACCGGCGGGCCAAGGCCAAGCGCCUCCAAGAGGCGGAGCUGGAGAAGCUCAAAAUGGCGGCCAAGCCCGUCCUGCCGCCGGGCUUCGGGUUCCCGUUCCCGCCCACCUACUACUCGUUGGGGCACAUCCACCGCCACGCGGCCAUGCCUGGCUUGAUUCAACCGCUCCAGUUCGCACCCUACUCGUACUUUCCCGGAUCGGCCUCGGCGGCGACACAUCACGGACCAUCGUCAAGCCUUAUGUGUCCUUAUUCUGCUUCGGGAGCGCUAUAGCCAGAUGAUUUCGGAUGAGUUCCAUCCCUUAACAAUCAUGUUGGAAAUUGAACUUGUGUGAUUGAUUACGGACCAACAGAGACUAUUAUCCGAAAGCUCGGCGAACGACACCUUACUCUGCAAAGAAAUAUCGACUCCAUUCUUGCAAAACGUACUCUUGUAAAAAAAACCCACCUUUAAAGCAACUGUGAAUGUAGUAACUUCAAUCCACAGAUGCCUACAUUCGAUUUAUUAUUUGAAAAAAACAGUAUUACAACAAAAACAUAAAAAAAUUCUGAGUCAAAUUUAAAGUCUAUUUUACGAUUAGUGGAGAACAACUCGAGAAUUUUAAAACGCUUGAAGACUGUACACUUUGUUUCUGCUGGGGCCGAAAUUUCACAUCUUGAUCAUAUAGAACUUUAAAAGGUCCAUUGGUGGCCCCCGUCUUUAUUAGUCACCGAGCAUGUCUGUGUUCACCCCUGGUUACGACGCGACUGUGCUCAGAUAACUCGGCUGUGGCUGAAAAUUACACAUGAUCCAAUGCAACAUUGAAGGCCAUAGCUUGGGACCUCCAUCGGUGUGGAGCCGUAGCCAAGCACGAGCGUGCAUGUAGGCUUACAUGUACACGUAAUUUGGAAGGGGCCUACCACUUCCUUUAUUUUUUAAGUAGAAUUUAAAGCUGUGACGAAAGCACAGACUGACGAUGGAUAAUACCCUCGUACAUGGCCAAAAGUAUUAAAGAUUUAAUAAGAAAAUUCCCACCAAGCUGACAUUACUUGUCGCUGGGCAGUUUAAGAAAAAAUAAAUUGAAAGAGUAAAAAUUGAGGUCACCAAGCCAGUCGCUGUUCCGUUUGUCCCAAGGCAUUUUGUGCACUGUGCAUAAUGAUGGCGAUAAUAGCCACGCUCAACUGUUGUCCAAACUGUUCGAGAAUUCUUCACAAAAAAUUUCAGGGUCUUAAUCUUGUUUCCUAUGUUCUGCACUCCCACCUUCUUUAAGACUCGGACGUUGCCCCCGCCUAUAGGUCUCUCUGUGUGUUCGUUAAGAAUAGUGAUCAUGCAAACUUGUCAUUGAUUAUAUGCAUAUUGUGCUAACCAACCUUACAAAGUAGGCCUACAAAGAGCUCCAGUCUCGCUGGGACGUAAAAACGUGGGAAAAGGGAUUCCAUUAAAAAUUGAACGCAGAAGCAAAAUCCUUGGGUUUUUUUGGAGGGCAUGUCACAGAAUCUUCCUCAAACACCAUGAAUAAAAACCAUUGGUUUUCUAAAGUGUCGACAAAUCACCCGGAUGACAAAAUGAUGUGCGUUUGAACCUCGUUGCAUUGUGGGUCAUGACAAAUUGCACGCAUGCAGGAAACUCCCGGGGUCAAAAUGACCAAUUUUAAGUACACUCGCCAUCUGUACUUGGACAUGAAAGUGACCACUUCCAUUGCGUAGCCUUAUCAAAGGCUUUUCAGUGGGCAUUGCACACUCGCAUUUAUUACAUAUCUGCUAUGUCACCACUAUUUGUUUUGUAUGCAGAAACUGCUUCAUGGUGUUGGCUGCGAAACAGGUGGCAAGUCCACUGGAUGAGACCACGGUUUAACAGCUCCAUGAUGAGACUGACUGAUAAUUGACCCAGUGUCACAAACAAUCAGUGACUCCAAAGGAACCACUGAAUGACUUCACAGCAUUUCUUUACGUCACUGUGACUUCCUGAGUCAAGACUAGUAAGGCCUUUGUCGCGGCCUGGAAAAAAAAAAAACAACCAGAGCGAGGCUCCUUAUUUUGCCCUCAGUAAUUAUACAGCAUCCCCAAUUCUUGUUUUUUGUUGGAAUUUCUGACGGAUAUUGAACGUGAAUUAAUCGAUGCAUCCACUGAAGUAUCUUGCUUUUGCGGCAUCAGAUCAUACAUGAAAAAAACCCAAAUAAACCUGGAAUGAUAUUAAAAUGCAGACCAUUUCAUGAAGGUCCCAAACGUAACGAUCGUGUGGUGAACGAUCGUAGUUACCUUUCAGCAUCUUUAAAACCCUGUUCUACGUGCAAAUUUAUUCUCCAUAAAAUCUUCCACAAAAGUGAGUUAUUUCGUUUCGUGUCCCGUGUUACGCGAUUAAAAGCAGUCAGCGCUCAAAAUACGAAAAUGCAGAUAGCCGAGGUUGCCGUUCAACUACGCCAGUGUCUAUUUAAGUGUGUAAGUUAUUUGUAAAUAAGUACCAUACAAUGUGUGUAUUUAUCUAUAUAUUUGGCAAGUGAUAUAGCCGUCAACCUAAGCGAGUUUAAAUGACUUAAUAAAAAAAAAGUUUAUGUCGGUACAACUGGAA